AUGGCUCAAGCUGUGGCUGUUAUCUUUCGUCACCCACUCCGCUUCAUUCACUUCAGCUACGCAUUUGUCUGCCUUUUGCUCGUGGUGUUUCUGAGGCGCAUCCUGCUGCCACACUUUCCAUCUUAUCAAUCACUACGCAUUCAGACUCACCGCGCAUUCCUCUCUGCUGCUGCAACUACAUUUCCAGAUCUCCCGAGAAGGUUGCCCGUCGGGAAACUGGACCCGGCACGAGCUCGGGUCAUCUUGGAGCAACCAACUGCUUAUGUGAUCCCAGGGAGCCGUGAGCCCGCAGAAUUUCUCGAGACUAGAAUUGCUGAAGACAAGCGAUGUGUCGUACUGUAUGCUCAUGGAGGAGGCUACGCACGCGGAGAAGCGAGGAUGUACGUGGACUACAUGGAAAGAUGGAUCAAGGUCGCAAAUGAGCAAGGGCUUGGGCUCGUCUUUGUGUCCGUCGAGUACCCGCUGUCUACUGAAAGCGCCCAUCCUUCGCAAAAGCGAGCAUUCUUGCGUGCCUAUGAGAAUUUACUACAAUCAGGCGUCCCACCUGGGAAAGUUGUAUUCAUGGGCGACUCGGCCGGAGGUGGAUUAUCUAUACUCUCCGGCAUUGAGCUGUUGCGGCUGGGCUUGCCUCAGCCAGCGGCGACUGUAUUAAUCUCUCCAUGGAUGGACAUGGCUAUGACCGCGUACGAGGGGGGGAAUCUGGCGGUCGAGAGUGACUACUUCAUCAUGGCGAAUGAAGCCGUGGCCCCUCUCACCAGGCUGUUCUCCGGCGACUUCGCUCCAGCCUCUCCUGAGGUGAAUCCUCUGUCGCGGCAGCCAGAGGAAAUCUAUGGCCUGAGUCCCCAAUUGAUCCUUGCAGGUGCAGCCGAAUUCGCCUUGUACGACUCCAAAGCAUGGGCAAAGUUGUGUGAAGCAGCUAAAGUGCACCAUCAGCUUCAUGUAGAAUGGGGCCAGCUUCAUAUCUACGCUAUGGGAUCGAGAUGGAUAGAUCCUAUGAUUCGCAAACGAACAGACUUGAAGAUCAUUACUUGGAUUACAAAGCACUUGAAAUAG